CCGGAUCAGGCUGCGUCCUCCUGGGUUUGCCUCCUUUGCCAACUCCCAUUCCAACCAGACUCACUCAAUGCCGAUGCAUUUAUUUCAAAAGUGUAGCACUGUCAUUUGUUUCAGUGAUAGAGGUGCAGUAAUAGGCGAACGAUACUGGCUGUAGAGGUGCUUCCGCAGAAGGCAGAUAGAGCUUUUAUCAACAGUUUAGAGAGGCAGAUUUCUUUUUGCUUCUUCUCACUGCAUUGUUGGACUACUAUUGGGGUACAUUAGAAGAGCUAUUUCAGGUAUCAGCAGCUUCAUUCAGUAGGCUUCGUGCUUGUCAUCCUUCUUCCUUCCAGACUCGAUUCCACAGUAUUAUCCUGUGGUUAACUAAUAGCUACCCAAGGUAGAAAGAAAAAGAAGUCCUACCAUGAGAUAUACCCCAACAAUCCUCCUUCCACUGCUCUCCCUGUGGCUGGCACCAUGCUCUGUGAGCGGCCAAGGCAUUCUUCGAAGGGAACAUCAAAAUCAGAUCCGUAGAAGCUUGCGACAAGACCCCAAGAAUCCCAAGAGAUCCCCCAAAAGCCAACGACGCGAACUCCAACGGUUUGCGUCGGUGUGUACCGACGGUCCCACUGCCUUUUCCACAUCCCUUUAUGUCACCCUGAUUGGUGAUGGGACGCCCUUUGGGGAAGACGAUUUGAAUUCACUGCUACGAAUGAGCCUCUCCGCCUUUAAUCAAGCAGAUGCCGCGAGUUGUGAUUCUACCUAUCGGACAUUGACUUCCGUCAGUGUCAGCGAUGUCUACUAUACGCAAGGACUGGAUUAUAUUCGAUUGAGAUAUGAUGUCAGUGGCUCCUGUGACGGAUGUUUGCCCAAUCAAUUGGACUCGGGGAUUGGACCCUUGUUUGGUAGGGCGGAAAUGUUGGGACGAGGACGACGAUCAUUGACCGAGUUCCAACAACCACAGCAACAACAACAACAACAACAACAACAGCAAUCCAAGCGACGUAUCAAGGGAAGAUCCAACAGGUCUCGGCGCUUAGGUAAAGACGACAAGGGUGGAAAGGACAAGUCAGACGAUGAGACGCCAGCCGGUACAAACCCGCAAGAUCAAGGUCAGGGGCAAGCACAAGGUCAAGGUCAACCCACACAGGUCGUUUCGUAUCAAGAUCAAGAUGGAGAUGACGGUGAUACGUCUUUUCCGGUCAACGGUGCGGGUGUUUGCGGUUGUGCCAUGGGAACCACUGCCAUUGUCCUCCGAGGACCCACGCCAUCCGAAUUUGGACUGCAACUCAACACCAUGAUUGAAGCAGCUCGGGCCGCAAAUACACUGUCGGGAGUCUCCCACGUCGAGGACCUCUUUGAAGCGGGGGUUCCGGGGCAGAGUACCGUCUUGCCAUCGGUCCAGGCUCGACAAGUGGCUGCCUCUUGUGCUGCUCCUGGUAAUCAAGGCAAUUUCAGGACCACGCUUUGGGUGGAAGUGAUACCAAUUAACCAAGCCGUCCUUGACCUUCAGGAACCAGAAAAGCUGCCUCUAGAAGUCGCAAUACUAGAAAGCUACAACGAAAUGAAUCUGGUGAGCUGUGACCUACCCUUCUUUCGGACGCUCUCAAGUGUGACCCAUCAGGAGUCUCGGCGCUCUGGAGACAAGCUACAAAUGAGAUUUGAUGUCACCGGCAAAUGUGUCACCUGCAAUCCCACUCAAGUUACUCUGUUUGAUGAUACCAUGACCAAUACCGUUGAUGUUGUCAGCCUUGGCCGGUCGUCGUACUCGGUAUUCAACGUAACGGGCUUUCGGCCCCCGUCACAAUCGCUGUUGGUGUCGGAAAUUGAACGGUUGCAACAAGCACAAGCAGGGCCCACCACGAUUUUUCGGGACACCGACGCUUCCUGUUCGUGCCCCCUCAAUACAGAUAACCUACCUCUCAGACCACCAACCACGGUAGAGUUCACGCAAAUCUUGCAAACCACAGUCAAUACUCUGAGAAGUUCAAAUUACAUCACCAGCUUUCAGACAGUUGUCCGGACGAAAGAGAUUGAAAUGGAUGCUGUUUGUAGCGCAGAACCACAGACUUUUGUUUCUACUGUCCUUGUGGACUUUGACGGCCGACCAGACUUGUUGGGUGGUUCUGAAGUGAAGACUCUUGAAGGUGGCUUCAUGGACACCUACAAUAGUUUGAUUUUUGAGUCAUGUGACCAAUACUAUCGCUCCAUUUUGAGAGUACGGUUGAUCCCCGGGGUCUCGCGUCGACGAAAAAAACGUUCCCUGCAAGCCACGUCGGUUGGAAAUGCUGCCAAUUCCAGUGACAUUCCAGAUUUGCAAAGCGAGGCUCCUUCAGUGUACAUGGUGACCGGUAGCUGUCGUGGCUGCCCCGUAUCUCCAACAGGAACAUUCAGUCUUGUCGAUGAUGCCUUUCGAUUUCGCAAGCUCAUGGAAGGAGCUGACGAUGCAGAGGUCAUGGUGCCAUUCUACUCGUACGGUUCAAUCGCUGAAGCCAUUAAAGGCUUUAUGAGUGUUGGAACAACCGAAACUUCUGGCGAAGAUUGCGCCGGCAAAACACAGCGACACUUGCAAGAAUGCGUUUGUGCUCCUGGAACGACAGCGGAUGUACCCUUUGCUCCUCAAGCCAACGACUUCAGACUCCAGUAUAAUGACGAAAUUCGGAGGUAUAACGAAGAAGGUACCGUCGUCAACGUCCAGGGAGUCGAAGCUUUGUUGGAAAUUCCGCCGGGUCUUGUGUCAGUGGGCUUUUCCAUCUUCUAUGGGACCCUGGAACGAGUUGGCAAUGCGACUCGGGAGGAUUACCCCCAACUUUUGGCCACCACAACUGCUUUCUACCGAAACAGUUUGAAAAGUUACUACAAAGAUCAGGACCUUUCCCUUCGAGCUGUCAAUGUCGCCUGGAAUGCAUCUACACCUAGACAGGAUUUGAAUAUGCUGCGGGUAGAUUUUACUGCAGAGUUGAUCUUUGAAGAUUCUCCCAAUAUACCGACACCCGAGCAAGUUUCGUUCGUCAUGGAGCAGCUGAACUACGUGGACUACAUCACACAACAUGUCUGGACGCUAAAUGCUCAAAACAGCAUAUUCCGAAACUCGCACAGUGUCCGAUUCGCCGGAAGCGAGGCAGUGUUGGUGAAAUCGAGAAUGCUAUUCACGGUAGGAAGCGAUCGUUCCGGUGCAGACCCAAAUAUCGACGAUCGAGAUGGCUUGACGCAGCAAGUCAAUCGCUUCUUCCUCGACUCAUUGAGGCUUGCCGGGUUCCGAGUGUUAUCGGUUAAUGCACACAUUCAUGCCGAAGAUAUUGAGAUCAUUCAGAUUGGAUCGGUUCAGGUCAACUUUGAUGCGGCCGUCGUUUUCUCGAAAGAGGCGCCGAUUCCAUCUGAGGAAGAAGUGACUAGAGCAAUCCAGUCCUUAGAUUUGGAAGUGCUAAGGACUCAAUACCUUGGAUCAGGAGGGCCAUUGGGAACGUCUGUUUUCAGCGACCCCUUUGCAGUUGUCUUCGUCUGGCCUUGAGCGAAAGCUUGACUUGGAAAGGGGGCGUUUGUGAAGAGGGCUGAUCAUUAGUGCAGGAUGUAUGUUAACUGUACUGUUUGUAUGCGACAAAGUUUCUGAGUUUUUGUUUGUUAGUUGGUCAUCAGAGCCACUUUUUAACGAUAAGAUUAGCGCCAUUUUGACCACAAAGGAAGG